GAUCGUUUAGACUUUGUUUGGCAUCACAACUGCAUCGCACCUCCAGCUCAACACCCAGGAAACAACCGAGAAGGACAGAAACAGGUUAUAAUUAAAGGAUACAGCCACACAAAUGCCCUUCGCACAGGUAGUAAUCGGCCCUCCAGGAUCAGGCAAGACGACGUACUGCAAUGGAAUGUACCAGUUUCUCAAUGGCAUGGAAAGGAAAACGAGGAUUGUCAACCUCGAUCCUGCCAACGAGAUUCUUCCAUAUCCGACCGACAUCUCGAUUCUGGAACUGAUUUCAUUAGAGGAUACCAUGGAAAAUCUCCAGCUGGGGCCGAACGGUGGCAUCAUCUACUGCAUGGAGUAUCUUGCCGACAACAUGGAUUGGCUUGAGGAAAAACUGAAGGCCUGUGGAGACGAUUAUAUUGUGUUUGAUUGUCCGGGACAGGUGGAGCUGUACACCCAUAAUGAUGCCAUGAAGCGGAUCUUGAGCAGGCUAGAAAAGUUGGGAUACAGACUCUGCUGUGUACAUUUGGUGGACUCUCACUACUGCACGGAUGCCGCAAAGUACAUCUCUGUAUUACUUCUCUCACUCAAGACCAUGCUCCAACUCGAGUUGCCACAUGUCAAUGUUUUAUCAAAGGUUGAUUUAAUCGAGACCUAUGGUCGGCUACCGAUGUCGCUGGAUUUUUACACCAAUGUGGCGGACCUGAGCUUUCUGCAGUAUCAUCUGAAUCAGGAUCCGUUUAUGAAACGUUUUCAGCAGUUGAACGGGGCAUUAUGUGAUUUAAUCGAGGAUUUUGGGCUGGUCGGCUUCGAGACGCUGUGCAUUCAGGACAAGGAAUCGGUCACACGGGUCGUACGGGCGAUUGACAAGGCUGGAGGGUAUGUCUUUGGAGGACUGGAAGAGGCGAACGAGAGUAUUUUCAUGACGGCCAUGCGGGCAGGGUCUGAAUGGGAAGAUGCAGUACAGGAUGUGCAGGAGAGAUAUUUAGAGCACGACAAUCCCCACGAGGACUUGGAGCGGUUUGCGAGGGAAUACAAGAUGGAAAAGGACGAGGACGGAGCAGUAGCACCGACCGGUAUGGAUGUUGCUGAGGACGUGAAGACGAGUGCAGUGGCACAAAGAGACGAUAGGAAGAAAGUCGGCUUUGUGGACGAGUUGGAAUAGUAGCUGAGCGGAGUCGUGUUCAUCGUGUAAUGGGCUAAGCUAGACUACUAGGACGAUGCUUUGCGCAGUGAAAAGAAACUCGCUUUACAAAAACGUAAGCCCAUUGGAACACGAACCUUAAAAACGAGCAGCCAUGCUGAUGCCUGUGUCUGUGCCUGUGCCUGUGCCUGUCCCUGAAUAGUAUUCUUCUGGUACUUCAGCAUGUUCUUU